AUGUUUAAGGCGCUGAUGGCUAGCCGCUCGUCUUCGGACGUGCGCUCCAAAAGUAGCCGGCGCAAAUCCGAAAGGACCGACAGAUCGGACAAGUCCGAAAGAUCAGAGCGAUCAGAGCGAUCAGAGCGAUCAGAAAGAUCCGACAAGUCGGACACCAGAUCAAUCUCAAGCCGCAAAUCCUCACGGGGUGACGACCGUGACCGGGGCCUGGGCGAUCUGACAAUCUACUCCCCCUCGACUCGCAGUAAGCGCGGAUCCGCAAGCACAGCUGGGGACUCUGUCGCAUCCUUCGUGACCGCCGAACCGGAACCCAUUGACGACUACGACCGCUACAUCCAACGCACACCCAAGCGCAGAGACAGCGACCGCGAAAGCAAGAGUUCUCGCCGCCAACGGGAUCGAUCAAUUAGCCCCGAUCGCGAGAGGCGCCGUCGCGCACCACAAAGUAUCGAUGAGGACUUGGAUCGGGAGCGCGACCGCCGUGAGCGUCGUCGCACCCACUCAGGGGAUCCAUAUGUCCCGCAAAUCGCUACCAACAUGCAUAUGCCGUCCAGCGCUCCCGGUGCCCAGUUCCCCGCCGAUGGGGCCGGAUUCGCGCAGUAUCCCAUGCAACAUGACAACGCUCUGCCGUCUGCUGGCCAUUCCCCCGAGCACGAAGUCUACGAUCCCCAUGUCCAACAACAAUUCCCCGGCCAGUUUCCCGAUACCGUUGCCCAGCCGUACCGUCCGCCCAACCCCGCUGGCGCGGCGGCUGAUUACUACGGCGAUCAAGGUCAGUCGGUGGAACAGCAGCCUGGUAUUCGACCUGCACGCCCGUCGGUUCUGCCAAAUACUCAAACACAUCUGAUGGCGGCGUCUCCGUCCGCGAAUCCCCCUCCUGAGCCCAGUAGCAUGGGCCAGACAGGUGCAGCGGCGGCGUAUUUCGACGAUGACUUCUCUGGUCCUGAAGCUAACCCGCCCGUGGCAUCGUCGUCGAGGCCUCCCAAGCCCUCAAACCCCUCCAAGCCUUCGAAGCCUUCGGGUGCGAAUAUCGUUCCUGCCGCCGCCAUCGGGGCCGCCACCUACGGUGUUGGGAACAUUGCCUCCCACGCCGAAGCCUAUGCAUCCGAGCAGCACAGCUCUUCCUACAACCAACAGAACCAGACGAUGGCAUUCAACCAGCCCAUGGCAUUCAGCCAACCCAUGGCCAGCGGUGGUCAGAGACCCCCGAAGCCAUCCCACUCUCACAGUUUCAGCGAAGGUGCUGCACUUGCCGCUGCUGGAGCUGCUGGAGGGUACAUGGCAGGCCACCAUCACAGCCACCCCCACAACCACAAUCAACACUAUCACAGCUCAUCGAGUCCAGAGCAAGCCUCGCCAUAUUCUUUCCAAAACUACGAGCAGUCUUCCCAGGUCGGAAUGGCGCCGUACGUCGCUGGCAACCCCGAUGCCUUGCAUGUCGCUGGCCCAGGUGGUCAUGCCACCCAUGCUAUUCACAACCCCGGCUUCUAUCCGCACGGACCCAGCGCGCUUGCCAUGCAUGAGCGCCAGCGAGGUGCCGUUGGCAGAUUCGUCGACUUUUGGCGUGACCCCGAAGGCGUCGGAAGGUUCGAAGAUUACACAGAAACCAUUGGUGUUUGCAAAUACUGUUUUCAACCCGGCACAACUUCUGUGGAUGCUCCUCGCAAGCAUCAUUACGACAGUCGUCGUCGCCGCAACUCUGCAGAUCGACACAGCACCGGCAGCUCGAGAGUCAGCAAGUCUAGCCGCUACAACUCAUCUGACGAUGAAGGCCGCCGUCGACGCAAGAAGUCUAACAAAUCUUCCUGGCUGCCAGGGAUGCUGGCUGGAUAUGGGGCCAAAUCGCUUUUCUCAAGCAAGGAGUUCGACGAUUCUUACAGCAUUCGAUCGGGUCGCGUCGAGUCUUCCCAUGGCGAGGACGAUGAUCGUAGAAGUUAUACCUCUCGCGGCGUGACUCGUCGUUCGGGACGUAGCCCGCAUAGAGAUUAUCACUCGGAAACGAAGCGUCCUCAUUCUGGAUACGCUCGCACUAACCGCUCGCGAUCACGUUCUUCCUCGCGAUCUGGUCGUCAUUCGUUCAUGAAGGAGGCUGCGCUCGGUGCUGCAGUCGGUGGAGCUGCCUAUGCCGUUUCAAAGUCUCACAACCGAUCUCGCAGCACAUCGCCUGAAAGGAGUCACCGACGACGAAAGGACUCCACUUCAUCCUCGUCUUUUGUCAACGUUUCUCGGCCUGAAAAGAAGUCCGUUGCCAGUGGCAUUGGCUCUUUCUUCACAUCUUCAUCUGAGAACCGCAGAAAGCGUCAGACCAAGAAGCGCAGAGGUUUCUUCUCCUUCAACGGAGGCUCCUCAUCCUCCUCUUUGGACAAUGAUCUUGCCUUUGGCGAUGGUUUCCAGAAGAAGCCCUCCAAGUCCAAGAAGAAAGACAAGAAAGGUAAGGACGUUGAUGCUGCUUUGUUGGGUCUCGGCGCCACAGCAAACCGUUUAGCUGGCUCUUCACCGCACGGUCCAGGCCGUAGCGCAGGCCAGAUGUACACAUCCAAAUCUCGCCAUUCGAACUACGCAUCUUCAGCUACCAAUGACGAUGAGUGGGUUGACGAGUCGGAGGACCAGUCAAGUGUCAGCUCAGCUCUUGCAUUCGGCACCAGCCCCGAUUCUUCCUCGGAUUCUGCCAGCAGCAAAUGGGGCUGGAGAUGGGGCAGCAAGAAAGACAAGAAAAAGAAGGAGAAGCGAUUCACCAACACCGCCCUCGCAGUCGGUGCCGGUGCUCUCGGUGCAGCUGCUAUCUCUUCUCGCCCCCACAAUGACAGCAAGCCUGCCAGCGUCGAUGGAAGCCUUCAACAAGUUCAACCCAUGCCUAUUGCCGAGCAAUCUCGCUUCGAGUCUGCCAAUAUCAACCCACGCGUCCAGCCCGGAAGCGAGCCGGCUUUUGUUCGCCCGGGCCCUAUUCCUCUUCAGCAGCCACAGCCCUUCGCCCCUGUCUCCCAAUCUGUGUACACCACUCAGGGAGGGCUUGUUGGGCCCAUUCCUGCGUACAGUGCGCCCGUUGUUCCUGCCUACGGAAGUGGGUUCGAGCAGUAUGACAGACAAUACCAAGAGUCCCGUGAUCCCAGAUGGGCUCCAGAAGAUCCAACAUCUUCUGGAAUCAAGCCUCACCGACGGAGCGACUCGUUCCCUAUUAUCCCAACUCAGGAAACGGCUUCUACCUUGAAGCGUCGGUCCACUGGUAAGGACCAGGCUUCUGUUUCGUUCAACUUGACCGAGGAGCAGGUCGAACGAGAACGUCAUCUCAGCCGCCGCGACAAGAACUCUCGGGAUGAAUUCGUCGACCAGCCAGUUCAGCUGAUUGACCGCGAGGAAGACUUGGCGCGCCAGGAGGCUGAGCGGAGAGAGCUUCGUCAGAAGGAGAAGGAGGCCGAAAAGCGACGUGACGACCAGAGCAGCGAUGAUGAGAGAGGAAGAGAUUCUUCAUCCUGGGUUGGCCCUGUCGCAGCUGGAGUAAUUGGCGCCGCUGCCACCAGUGCAAUCCUCUCUCACAGACACGACGACAAUGUUUCCGAGACCAGCUCGCGGCACUCUGAGCGUCGCGAGAAGCGUAUCGCCGAGCGCUACCGCUAUGAAAAUGAGACCGAACCAUCACUCAUUUCGUCGUUCGCUCCCACCGACGUAAUCGACGACGAAAUCACACUGGAGCACCGCGAAGAACCAAAGCCCCGAUCUCCACGCCGUGUCCGCCCAGCUCCCGUUUACGAUGAUUAUGCCAAGUUCUAUGCCCCUGAAGAACUUCGCCACAGCCCAGACGCUCACGGACACAGCUCUGGUGGCAUGCCCACCAUCACCGAGGUGGAGCCUGCCAGCGAGCGGCGGGCCCGCGAAGAACCAGCUCCCGAGCAAGAUUAUUCUUACGAGCCUUAUGAACAUGUUGAUCGUCUUCCAUGGCCAGUCCCUCGCCUUAACUUCAUUGAGCCGACGCCCCCUCACAGUGUGAAUGGCGGCUCUGUUCGCGAGGCUACCGCCCCGAGCGCACCCGUUGAAGUCCCGAAGCGCGACCGCCCAACCGGAUCCCGCGUCUCGUGGGGUGAGCAUGAAACCCACGAAUAUGAAAUUCCCUCCUCCUCAGAGCAAGAUCCUCUUGAUUAUGAUUCGCAUGAAGUGACAGCCAGAAAUGUCCCUCUUCCUCCUUCUGAGGUUUCUGCCAGGGACGUUCCCCUCCCUGCCUCGGAAGUCUCGAACAAGAAUGAGAAAUCAGAAUAUGGCAACGAUAUCGAGUUCGCUGCUACCAUUGCUGCUGCUACUGCGGCGGCCGGCUUCGAUCCCUCGCUCAUCACUAAUGACCCCUCGUAUCACACGCGCACUUCACCUCCUGGCUCAGAGGAUGAGGCACACGCUGGAUUCAACUCGCCUUGGUCUUCCCGCAAGCAGGGCUUCGUUGAGGAGGAGGAGCUUGAUCCCAAGUCUAGGGAAAUUUCCUCUCCCCAUGUCAUCCAAGAUAAAGACGAGCUCUUCUUCGAGGAGCCGGAGACAUUCAAGGAUCAUGAUCUUCCCGGACGCCGCGAGAACUCUAUUGCCCAGGAAGUCAUUGAGCACUUGAAUGGCAAGCGCUCGGGUGAUUCCUCUCCCGAAAGAGAAAUCGAUACCUUCUCAAUGCCCGGCGGCUUUGACACGGCCGACACAAGAGACUUGGUGGAUGACAGAUCAGUUGUUACGGCACCAGUGGAAACCAAGCCGAAAUCCAAAUCGAAGAAGUCGCGACGCAGCGAGGAGUUCGACAUUUCGCAAUUCAAAGACCAGACUCCUCUGGUCGAUGAGUCGCGCUCACUCCAAUCUGCCCCAGAGCCAGAGCCGGAGACAUCGCGUGAAUCCCGCCGCGAGGACUUUGAUUCAUCACCGCCUCGCGAGCCAUCUGACAUCGGUGACUCUUUCUCCAUUAUUUCUGCACCCAUCUCAAAGGACGAGACUUCCAAGUCCAAGUCAAGAAAGUCCCGUCGCAGUGGCGAUGACUUUGACGCCAAGCCCCAGGACCCAGAGCCCCAGGUUCAAGAUGACUCUUUCUCUGUUAUCUCUGCCCCAGUCUCGAAGGAUGAGACUUCAAAGACAAAGUCCAGGAAAUCUCGUCGAAGCGGCGAUGAUUUCGAUUUCCCCUCGCACCAGCCCUCUGAGCCACAGGAGAUCGUUCGUAUCAUUGACUCAACUCCUACCCCCUUGGAAGAGUCCGGUCCAUCAGAGAAGUCUCGCUCCAUCGCAGACAAUUUCCAGAUUACACACCAAGAACCUCAGAUCCCCGAGCCCCGCGCUGAGGAUGUCUUCUCUGUCGUCUCCGCCCCUGCUUCGAAGGAAGAGACUUCCAAGUCCAAGGCUCGCAAAUCCCGUCGAAGUGGUGACGAUUUCGAGACUGUUCACCCAGAACCGGAGGAGCCUGAAUAUCGCGAUGAUUCGUUCUCUGUCGUUUCUGCCCCUGUGUCGAAAGAUGAGGCUUUGAAAUCUAGCUCGAGGAAGUCUCGUCGUAGUGGUGAUGACUUUGAGAUUUAUGAAUCCCGUGAACCAUCUGAGGCUCGAGAUGUGCCUCGCUCGAAUACUUCCACCCCUGCACCCGUGGAAGAGUCUAAACACAGGAAAUCACGACGCAGUGGUGAUGACUUUGAUUCUCGCUCGCGAGAAGUCUCCCUUUCCCGAGAUGUGCCUCGGUCAGCUACUUCCACCCCUGGCCCUGCGGAAGAAUUCAAAACUAGGAAAUCACGACGCAGCGGUGACGACUUUGCCUCUCGCUCACGAGAAGUCUCUCUUUCCCGCGACGAUCACUCCAUUCUUUCUGCGCCUGUGUCCAAAGACGAGACCUCCAAGUCCAGACGAUCUCGCCGCAGCGGUGACCAUUUUGAUAUCUCCCGAUCUCGCGAUGUCUCUGAAUCUCGUGAUGACACUCGCUCUGUUAUUUCUGAAUCCGGAAAGUCGAGGAGAUCUCGCCGCAGUGAUGAUUUCGAUCCUCGUCGUGACACUGAAACACCGCCUCCAGAGGACGAGAAUGCCGACGAGAAGAAGAAACGUCGCAAGCGUCGCUCCAAGCACGAAGACGAUAGCUACAUUGACGAUGAUGCUCGCUCAACUAUCACAGAUGUUGCCGAUGAUAGCAAGUCCGAGCGUCGGAGACAUCGCCACCGUUCAUCAAGAGACUUCGACGACACUGCUUCAAUCACAUCUGCUAUCACGGAUGUUGCGGAUGACAAGCCCGAGCGCCGCAAGCAUCGCCACCGCUCGUCGAGGGAUUUCGAUGAUAAUGCCUCUGUGACCUCGUCCCCAGCCCGGAUCUCCGAAUCCCGCGAGCGCGGCAAGGAGAAGGACAAGAAGGAUAAGAGCGGUGGUUUCUUGAGAAGCCUCUUUGGAUCGCAGGUCUCGGCUCCUGCUGAGCGUGUUCGCUCCGAGCACUCUCGCUCUCGAGACCACUCCCGAUCUUCCUCUUUGGAUAAGCGUUCAUCCCGCGAGGCUAUCUCCGAAGCCGGAGGUGAUGAGGAGCGCCGCCGUCGCAAGAAGCGUUCCUCCAAGAGCCGCAGCUCCAGCAACGGGGAUGAGUUGGAUGCUUACCUCUCGGACAAGGAGAAGCAAGAUCCUAAUCUGGAAGAGUACAGGUCUAGUAGGCAACGCAAGGAAGAGGAGCGUCGCCAUAAGUAUGAGGACAUUGUGGAUUCAGGAAGGAAACGGGAUUCCGCGAAGGUAUUGCACUGA